AUGGCCGGGGCACAGCCAGGCGUCCACGCGCUGCAGCUCAAACCCGUCUGCGUCUCCGACCUCCUGAAGAAAGGCACCAAAUUUGUCAAGUGGGACGAUGAUUCAACUGUUGUGACUCCAAUUCUUCUUAGAACAGAUCCACAUGGAUUUUUCUUUUACUGGACAGAUCAGAAUAAGGAGACAGAGCUGCUCGAUCUCAGUUUCGUCAGAGAUGCCAGAUGUGGGAAACAUGCCCGAGCUCCCAAGGAUCCAAAAUUGCGUGAACUGUUGGAUGCUGGGAACCUAGGAGGUCGGCUGGAGAAUCGAAUGAUAACUGUUGUCUAUGGUCCAGACCUGGUCAAUAUAUCAUACUUGAACUUAGUGGCAUUUCAAGACGAAAUAGCAAAGGAAUGGACGGACGAAGUUUUCAGUUUGGCAACAAACCUGCUGGCACACAACAUGUCAAGGGAUGCAUUUCUGGAAAAAGCUUACACAAAACUAAAGCUGCAAGUCACUCAAGAAGGACGUAUUCCUCUGAAGAGCAUAUACCGCUUGUUUUCCGCUGACAGAAAGCGAGUAGAGACUGCAUUAGAAGCUUGUAGCCUUCCAUCUGCCAGGAAUGAUUCAAUCCCUCAAGAGGACUUCACCCCAGAAGCAUACAGAGUAUUCUUAAACAAUCUCUGCCCUCGGCCUGAAAUUGACCACAUCUUUUCUGAGUUCGGUGCCAAGAGCAGACCAUACCUUACUGUUGAUCAGAUGAUGGAGUUUAUAAAUUAUAAGCAACGUGAUCCACGGUUAAAUGAAAUCCUUUAUCCGCCGAUGAAACAGGAGCAAGUUCAACAACUGAUUGAGAAAUAUGAACCCAAUAAUACUCUAGCAAAGAAAGGACAGAUAUCAGUGGAUGGAUUUAUGCGAUACCUGAGUGGAGAGGAGAAUGGCGUUGUUCCACCUGAGAAACUGGAUUUGAAUGAAGAUAUGUCUCAGCCAUUGUCUCACUAUUUGAUCAAUUCCUCACACAACACCUACCUCACAGCUGGACAGCUGGCUGGUAACUCCUCAGUAGAGAUGUAUCGCCAAGUGCUCUUGUCAGGCUGCCGCUGUGUGGAGCUGGACUGCUGGAAAGGACGAACAGCAGAAGAAGAGCCCGUCAUUACACAUGGAUUCACCAUGACAACGGAAAUAUCCUUCAAGGAAGUAAUAGAAGCUAUUGCUGAGUGUGCAUUUAAGACAUCGCCUUUUCCGAUCCUCCUUUCCUUUGAAAACCAUGUGGAUUCCCCUAAGCAGCAAGCCAAAAUGGCAGAAUAUUGCAGAUUAAUUUUUGGAGAUGCACUGCUCAUGGAUCCACUGGAAAAAUACCCACUUGAAAGUGGCAUUCCCCUUCCAAGCCCUAUGGACUUGAUGUACAAAAUUCUGGUGAAGAAUAAAAAGAAAUCACAAAAGUCUGCCGACGGAAGUUCAAAAAAGAAGCUCUCUGAGCAGGCGUCCAACACGUGCAGUGAUACGUCCAGUGGGUUUGAACCCUCAUCUCCUGGAGCAGGAGAAGCAGAGAUCGAGAGUGACGAUGACGAUGACUAUGAUGAUGACUGCAAAAAAUCGUCAACGGAUGAAGGCACUGCUGGCAGAGAAGCCAUGGCCACUGAAGAAAUGUCUAACCUGGUGAACUACAUACAGCCAGUGAAGUUUGAGUCAUUUGAGAUAUCAAAAAAACGCAACAGGAGUUUUGAAAUGUCUUCCUUUGUGGAAACCAAAGGGCUUGAGCAACUCACGAAGUCUCCAGUGGAAUUCGUGGAAUAUAACAAAAGGCAGCUUAGCAGGAUUUAUCCAAAGGGAACACGUGUAGAUUCCUCAAACUACAUGCCACAAGUCUUCUGGAAUGCUGGCUGUCAACUGGUUGCUCUUAACUUCCAAACUGUAGAUUUGUCUAUGCAAAUAAACAUGGGGAUGUAUGAAUACAAUGGCAAAAGUGGUUACAGGCUAAAGCCAGAGUUUAUGAGACGACCAGACAAACAUUUUGACCCAUUUACUGAAAGUAUUGUGGAUGGAAUAGUAGCCAACACCUUGUCUGUGAAGAUAAUUUCAGGUCAGUUUCUUUCGGAUAAAAAAGUUGGUAUUUAUGUAGAAGUAGACAUGUUUGGCCUGCCUGUGGAUACAAGACGAAAAGCUUUAAAGACAAAGACCUCUCAAGGCAAUGCUGUUAAUCCUGUAUGGGAAGAAGAACCCAUAGUAUUUAAGAAGGUGGUUCUGCCUUCUCUGGCAUGUUUGAGGAUAGCCGUAUACGAAGAAGGAGGAAAGUUUAUUGGACAUCGGAUAUUGCCUGUCUCAGCAAUUCGACCAGGCUAUCACUACAUCUGUCUGAGGAAUGAGCGGAACCAGCCUUUGAUGCUGCCAGCAGUCUUUGUGUACAUAGACGUUAAAGACUACGUACCCGAUACUUAUGCAGAUGUGAUUGAAGCAUUAUCCAAUCCAAUUAGAUACGUAAACUUGAUGGAACAAAGAGCUAAACAGCUGGCAGCACUCACACUGGAGGAUGAAGAAGAGGUAAAGAAAGAGGUUGAUCAGGGGGAUGCACCAUCAGAAGCUAAUAAUGAACCCAGACCAACACCAGCAGAAAAUGGACUAAGUCACUCCACUUCUCUGACAACGAAGCCAGCAACUCAGGUUGUCCAUAGUCAACCAGCCCCAGGUUCUGUGAAAGCACCUGCAAAAACAGAAGAUCUUAUUCAGAGUGUCCUAACAGAAGUGGAAGCACAGACUAUUGAGGAGCUAAAACAACAGAAGUCAUUUGUUAAACUUCAGAAGAAGCACUACAAAGAAAUGAAGGACCUUGUAAAGAAACACCACAAGAAAACCACUGAUCUGAUCAAAGAGCACACUGCAAAAUACAACGAAAUCCAGAACGACUACCUGCGUCGUAGGGCAGUCUUAGAAAAAAACACAAAAAGGGAAAGUAAGAAAAGAUGUGAAACUGGCAGCCCGGAUCACAGUUCAACUAUUGAACAAGAACUGGCUGCCCUUGACUCAGAAAUGACCCAGAAGUUAAUAGAACUGAAGGAAAAGCAACAACAGCAGCUGCUCAAUCUCCGACAAGAACAGUAUUAUAGUGAAAAGUAUCAGAAGCGAGAACAUAUUAAGCUGCUCAUUCAGAAGCUGACAGAUGUGGCAGAGGAAUGUCAGAGCAGCCAGUUAAAGAAACUGAAAGAGACUUGUGAAAAAGAAAAGAAGGAGUUAAAGAAGAAAAUGGACAAGAAGAGACAGGAGAAGAUCACAGAAGCUAAAUCCAAGGAUAAAAAUCAAGUGGACGAGGAGAAGACGGAAAUGAUUCGAUCGUAUAUCCAGGAAGUGGUGCAGUACAUAAAGAGGCUAGAAGAUGCUCAGAGUAAAAGACAGGAGAAACUUGUAGAAAAACACAAGGAGAUUCGUCAGCAAAUACUGGAUGAAAAGCCCAAGUUACAAGGUGAACUUGAUCAGGAAUAUCAAGACAAAUUCAAAAGGCUCCCUCUGGAAAUUCUGGAGUUUGUACAGGAUGCCAUGAAAGGGAAAAUCAGUGAAGAUGGAGACCACUGUUCUGCCACUUCCUCCCUGACAUCUGAAAGUGGAAAACUGAACCAUAAACCUCUGCAAAAUGAAGAGGAAACAGAAGAAAAUAAUCCAGAUACAGUGUUUGAUACUCCUUUUUAA